AUGUCUUCAAAUGGGGCUGCAGGAAAGGGCCGCCUUGCCACUAUUCGCCGGCUCAUGGAUUACGCACCCAAUGGCUACUUCCGCUGCGUUCGUGGGGAGGUUUCCCUCCGCCACGCUGCAAGAUCCGGACAAAUAGAGAUCAAUCGUUGGUUAUUGGACUCUGGCGUCGACCCCUAUUGCACACAAACCAGAAGCGAUGACUUCAAGUCAUUGGCUUAUAUAAAUAGAGUGGCACCAGUGCUGAUUGCAGCCCGGCGUGGACACACUGAGGCUGCCAAGGUAUUGCUGGAUUCCAUGACUGAUUUUGACUAUGUCACUCCCCUAUAUAUUGCCGCAGAAAAGGGUGUCGAGGCAGUCGUGGAGCUUUUGCUGCAAAGGGGAGCUCGGAUGGACAUGAUAGGGUAUGCAAGGGAGACGUCUCUGCAUGCUGCCAUAUCGGCCAAUUCGAUCAAGGCCGUCUCUCUUCUGAUCGAGCAUGGUGCAAAUGUGAAUGCGAUUGACUCAUCGCAGGAGACUGCUUUGAAGCGAUCACUAAGCGACAGGACCGGACCCGGAAUUUUGAAGCUCCUUCUCGAUGCAGGAGCGGAUUUCACGGUCCCAAACAAACAUGGUAUCACACCGGUAAAGUGGGUAUUCAAUAAGAGGGCCAAAGAGAAAGUACGGCUGCUCUUAAACGCAAUAGAAUCAAGAGGAGUCUCUUCUGACUUGCCAGAAUCACCUACUACAUUGCUACGUGCUGCUAUCGUUGCACAACAUGAUCUGGCAUACCGGCUCUUGGCCCAAGGAGCAGACGUUAAUCAACGGGAAAGGGACGAAGGGUGGACCCAAUUGAUGGAGGCGGCGCAGCAAGAACAAGACGGCCUUUUCGACCUGGUGCUGCAAAAGAGUCUCGAUGUCAAUUCAGCGGACGGUCGGGGACGGACAGCACUCUCCUUUGCGGCUGAGCACGGCAGCGAACAUAAAGUACGUGCAUUGCUGAAAAGGAACGCAUCUGAUCGUGCUCGUUUCUGGUACUUGACGCCUUUGACAUAUGCUGCCGAAAAUCAUCAUCUUCAAGUGGUAUUGCUCCUUCUUAGACAGAAAAAGGGCGUGGAUCUUGCUGAUGAUAGUCUUCGGUCCGCGGUGACGUCUGCGGUUGCCUUUGGUGAUGUACAAUUCCUAGAGUUAAUACAAGAGAAGGGUAAGCUUGACCAACCAGAUUGGCGAUACGGUGAUACGGUACUUCAUCACGCAGCAAGUCGUGGAGACCUAGCCGUCGUAAAGUGGCUGCUCAACCAAUCUGUCGGUGUUGACACAGCGGGGUGUGAUGAGCGAGCGCCCCUUAUGCUGGCGGCAUGUAGUCGUAAUGACGCCGUUGUUGAACAACUUCUGCAGCACGGAGCCCGGAUUGACGCCCGAGAUGUGGACCGUGCGACUGCCCUUCAUUGGGCCUUGCCACGUUGGAUCGACCCGUCACUUGAAAUUUCCAAUUGCGAUUCUACUUUGGGCGUUGACCUCAAACGCGGGCUCCCUGGUAACUCGAUCAUUGUGAAAAUGCUUGUCGAAGUAGAUGCUGAUUUGGAAGCGAAGAACGCAAUGGACGAGACUCCCCUGACUUGCGCCGUCAUCAAUGGAUCUGAAUCAGCCGUUCGCCUGCUCCUCGAGAAAGGAGUAAAUUCCGAAUCCUGCGACAAGUCGGGGUCCGUUCCGUUGCUAUUUGCGGCUUGGAAGGGUCAUACGGCAGUUGUUAGUCUUCUGUUGGAGUAUGGCGCAAGGAUUGAUUCCACCAAUGCAGAUGGCAACACAGCGUUGAUGCUUGCAGCUGAUAAUGGCCACCACGAAACAAUUCUAAGUCUUCUGGCAAGACCUGCCGAAAUCAACCGCGUCAAUCAUGCUCACCGAGCCGCUUUGUCAUGCGCCGCAGAGAAAGGCCACGACAAGGCUGUCGAGAUCUUGCUGCGGUAUGGCGCGGAAGUCGACUUGCCAGAUCAUACAGGUCGAACUCCGCUUCUUUGCGCUGCGCAAAAUAAACAUGAGCGGUGCGUCGAGCUCCUUGUCCAAGGAAGCGCUGAUGUUACGAGAGGGGACAUCGAGGGCCGAACACCGCUCUGGUGGGCAUCGAGGAGGGAUCAGAGAAGCUCACGGAAGAGUCAUGAUGCGGCUAUUCGAAUACUCUAUGACCGCCAUCCCGCUGCGCGCUCCUGA